AUGUACAUUCGAGACCGGCGACCCGGACGACGUCCGAUCGCUCGCCAAUUCCAGUCAGGAGCGGCGCUAGAAGUCUUCGAAGUGUCAACACCACGCAAGAAGUCUAAGCAAGAUGUCAGAGCGGGAGGUGUCUCAUCGAGCGGCACACCGCCAGUUGCACCCGACCUCCUGGCUCAAUUCCAGGACCUGUUUGAUGGCAUUCCCUUCGAGCAUAAUCCGGAGGACCUCCGGAACUUCCUCGCUCUGUAUGACUUGUAUGUGAUUGGUCCGACCUUUGCCCCCAGCUUCCGCAGUGCCUUCCAGCGCGCAUUCUUCAGCGGGCCGGAUCUGGUCAGGGACACUUACCCUGCCGUACAAGCAGUCAUGCGCGUGGCACGUCAGUUGGCUCCGAAACCUCAACUCGGAGAUGGAGUGGUGAGAAGCGCCAGUGCGAUGGAGACGCUUCGGACGACAAUCGUCAAAGACGCUGGGGAGGCGUUCUCGAUCGUUGCAUUGGGCCAGUGUUUGGCAGCAUUCGAUCUUAUGACCUCUGCCUCUGGAGUGGACCUAAUUCUGCAGUACUCUUUGUCGUCCGCGCUUCCAUUCUAUGACAAUUUAUCAACAGACCCUUACACUGAUCCAGUGUUGAUCACAUCCAUCUUUUGGAAUACUAUUUUGUCUCUAAUCAAGGGCAAGAUGCCGGUCAUUCGCUACCAAGCGCACAAGCCGUGUGUUGUUGACCGGAUCGCCGGUAUAUGCACGCCUCUGCUUCCAAUAUUGCAUGACUUAUGCCGCGCGAACGUCAAGGCUAGGUCAGGGACGCUGCACGACGAAGGCAAGGCCAGACUCAAGGCCAUCGAAUAUGAGUUGACCAGAUGGACUCCUCCCUGCAUUCAGCUGGAAAGCUCAUACACUGCUGACGAGGCUGUCAUAAUGAAAGGACAAGCGGUUUUGUAUCGCAGCGCCGCUCUUCUUGUGCUCCACAGGAUCGAUCACCCCUUCAGCCAGCAUGACGGCGUUGCCAGAGCCCUCGCAGACACAAUCUUAGUCGAUUUCAAAAGCCACUCACAGUUAUUGAACAACGACGGAAGCCUUCAACAUGUCUCCUUCCCACUCCUCAUGGCCGCUCUGGAGCUUGAGGAUUUCCCGCACUCACUAUGGGAGACACAAGGACUUCUCAAUGCAACACAGGCAUGCAAAGAGCAACUCCAUGCUUUCAUCGCGUACAUCUGGACCGAGAGGAGGUCUGGGUCUGCUAGAUUCCUUUCGGACAUCGUUGAGAACGGGCCAGACUUCGUGAUAACUCCGUGA